AUGCAUGGUGGACACCUGGAUUUAUGUCUGCCAGAAGCAUGGAUUUGCAACUGUGUUUUAAAAUCAAAUGAAGUCACAGAAAAAUUCAGAAAUAAUAAGCAGCAGGAGACAUUUCCAUAUAUGGAGAGAGUAAUAAUAAAAUUACAGCAUUUGUCCUACUUCGAUCAACAUCAAGUGACAUCCUUGAUGGCUGCAAAUAUACUCGAACAGAUAACAAGCUUUGCAUCAGGAUCAUCAUGCCAUCUUCCCCUGUGUCAGCAUAUUCAACUUGUCUUUGAUUUGUUGGAGUUUGCCCUUAACAUCAAUGGACUGAUAGAAUUUGCUAUUCAGCUGUUAAAUGAACUGAGCACAGUGGAUGCUGAGUUGCUGCUGAAGUCAUCAUGUCUGACAGGAAGUUAUUCUACCGGGCUGUGUCUGUGUAUAGUAGCCAUCUUAAGACAUUACCAUGCCUGUUUAAUUUUAAACACUGACCAGACAGCACAAGUUUUUGAAGGAUUAUGUACUCUUGUAAAGCAUGUUGCAAACCCAUCUGAAUGCUCGUCUGCUGAGAGAUACAUUUUAGCAUAUCUCUAUGACCUUUACGUUUCUUGUAGCUACUUAAGAAGCAGAUUUGGAGACCUUUUCAGCAGUGCCUGUUCAAAAGUAAAGCAGACAAUUUACAAUACUGUACAUCCUUCCAACUCCAAUUUGCUGUGGGAUCCAGAAUUCAUGCUGGAGUUAAUUGAGAAUAUAUCAGAACAAAAUAUCAGCUGCUGUGUGCUUGGAAAGAUACUGAGUGACAAUGCAGCCAGUCGCUACAGUUUUGUCUGCAAUGUUCUGAUGAAUGUUUGUAUGGGUCAUCAAGAUCUUGAGAGAAUCAAUGAUUUGGCAAAUCUCUGUGCCGAAGUAACAGCUUGUUGUCCACCUCUCAGUUCAGAAUGGCUUGGAGUUCUGAAAGCUCUUUGUUGUUCAUCCAACCAUGUCUGGGGGUUUAAUGAUCUCCUCUGCAGUGUUGAUGUUAGUGACCUUUCAUUCCAUGACUCCUUAGCCACAUUUGUUCUUGUACUAAUUGCUCGACAGUGCUUUUCCUUGGAGGAUGUGGUACAACACGUUGCACUCCCUUCCCUUCUGACAGCAGCAUGUGGUGACCCAGAUGCAGAGUCGGGAGCAAGGAUGACGUGUCGACUUUUGCUUUAUCUUCUUGGAACACCUCAGGUCAGCAUCACCCCUACGAGUGAUGGGAAACCCGAUCCUGGAGUUCGCUCAUCAUGUGAUCGACACCUGCUAGCUGCUGCACACAAUAACAUUGAAGUUGGAGCUGUGUUUGCAGUUUUGAAAGCUAUAUUAAUGUUAGGAGAUGCUGAAACUGGCAAUUAUAAUCGAAACUCCUCAGGCACUGAAGGCUUUACUGAGACUGGUCUACUGGAAGACAGUGGUGAUGAAAUAUUCACUUCUGUGAAACACUCAAGACAAUGUGGAUCAUCCAUUGCCAUGGAAACUGCCAGUUUGCGUCAAUAUGCUGGAUAUGCUCUGCAAACAAUUUGUCAACAGGAGUGGGUUGCAGAACAUUGCUUGAAAGAACCAGAGAGACUGUGCACAGAUAAGGACCUGCUACUAGAUCCAGCCCUUUCCAACAGGCAGGCUCGUAAACUGCUUCAGCUGAUUUGCUAUCCUCAUGGAGUGAAGGAAUAUGUAGAGGGAGCAGAUGUGCAAUGGCAGUACAUCAAACACAUUCUGCAGAACUUAGACCAAUGGACCCUCAGGCAGUCAUGGCUGGAGCUUCAGUUAAUGAUCAUGCAGUGUAUGAAGGAACCUGUCUCUGGAGCUGCAUCAGAAAUGAACACGCUUUUAGAUAACAUUGCAAAGGCAACGAUCGAGGUGUUUCAACACUCUUCUGAUGUCAGCAACUGCUCUUCCAGUCCAGUAGAAGCUGAGAUAUUCCAAAAUACUUCUGAUGCCACCACUGAUCCAAGGCCUGAUGGAAAAAAUACUUUUCUUAGUUCUUCUGAAUACAGAGGUGCUUGGUUGGUUGCACCGUUGAUUGCUAAGCUGCCAACGUCAGUUCAAGGUCGAGUUCUGAAGGCAGCUGGGGAAGAAUUGGAGAAGGGACAACAUCUGGGAUCAUCCUCUAAAAAGGAAAGGGAUCGUCAGAAGCAAAAGAGCAUGACGCUUUUGAGUCAGCAGCCAUUCCUUUCUUUAGUCCUUACCUGCCUGAAGGGCCAAGAUGAACAACGAGAGGGACUCCUCAUGUCGCUACAAAACCAGAUCACUCAGAUUUUGAGCAACUGGAAAGAAGAACGAUACCAAGAUGAUAUUAAAACUCAACAGAUGAUGAAUGAAGCACUUCAGUUACGUUUGAACUUGGUUGGUGGGAUGUUUGAGACAAUUCAGAGAAGUGCACAGUUAACUUCAGAGUGGGCAGUUCUUCUCUUACAGAUAAUUACAUGUGGAACCAUUGAUGUGCAGACUAAUAAUGAGCUUUUCACAACAUUGAUUGACAUGCUGGGAGUUUUAAUAAAUGGGACCUUAGCAUCUGAUCUCUCAAACACUGUUCAGGAAGGGUCAGAAGAAAACAAACGUGUCUACAUGAAUUUAGUGAAAAAACUUAUGAAAGAACUUGGUGACAAGCAUUCAGAAAGCAUUGACAAAGUUCGUCAGCUGCUGCCUUUGCCAAAGGUGACAAUAGAUGUUAUCACAUGUGAACCAAUGGGAUCACUGAUUGACACAAAAGGAAACAAAAUAGCAGGUUUUGACUCCAUAGACAAAAAGCAGGGUCUUCAGGUAUCUACAAAACAGAAAGUUUCACCUUGGGAUUUAUUUGAGAGACACAGAAAUCCUGCUCCUCUUUCUUGGGCUUGGUUUGGCACUGUACGAGUUGAUAAAAAAGUUAUCAAAUUCAAGGAACAACAUCACCUCCUGCUGUAUCACAGACAUCCUCGCCCCAAACCUAGGAGUUAUUACUUAAAACCCCUUGCACAAACACUUGAAGAAGAGGAUGAGGAAGAACCCAUCACCCCAGGCUCACAGGAUUCACAGAAAAAACAAAGCCUACCUGACCAAAACAGCACUGCGUUCGAUGAUGAAAGAACUGCAAAAGGCAAGAAGCGGAAAGUAAAGACAAAUCUCCAACUUGAUGAAUGCCAGCCAAGCAGUGUGCAUAAAGUGCCUUCCAAUUAUCCUACCAUUCCCGCACAGAUGAUGACCCAGUACCAACUAUCUACACCCUGGACUUUCAGUCUGAUGAACCAACCACAGCAGCAGCCAAAUGUUUUACUACCAAACCAGCCACUUCCUCCAGGGGGUCCCAAGAUAGAUCCUAUAGCCCCUUUCCCUCCAAGUAACACUAAACAAGCCUUGACGAGCAUGCUACAGCGACGGUCUGGCACUGUGGGGCAGCCUGCUUCCAUGCAAAUGAUCACCUCUCAGCAACAUAUGCUUCAGAUGAAACUCCUUCAGCAGCAACAACAGCAGCGGGUUAUCCGACAGCAAACUCUGAUACGACCCUUUCCACAGGGCCCGACAUUAGACACUAUUGGCAUCAUGAAUCCACAUGUACGACCUUCAUCUGGGCUUCCACAGUACCCAGGCAUGCAGCCAUUCCAAACUAUGUCACAAGGAUAUACAGCAUACAGCACACCAAUAUCCCUGCAGCAAAUGGGAAGUAGUACACCGUUGUCACCAUCUUAUAAUCCCAAAGCUUACCAAGUAGCUCCCUGCAACCCUGUACUCAUGGAAAGACUUCGGCUGAUGCAGCAACCGUCAGGUGGCUACAUACAACAGCAAGCACCUGUCUUCUUGCAACCACUUCCUGAGAUACAACGCUUCACCCAUCAGCCUUUGCAGCAGAGCCACUUGAUAAGUGGAGGACUGGAUCCUGCAGUCACAGUUUCUUCACAAGCCAGUCUCAGCUCCGUGCAGCACUCCCAGGAUCAAAUAAGACAAAGGCAACAGCAACUGAAACAACACAGACUCAUACAGGUGCUGGGCUUGGAAGAAGCUCUGUACAAGGAGAAGGAUAGGGAAAGUGCUCUGACAGGGGAGGAGCCGACUGGAUGCCCACAGUGGACAAGGCCCUCUCCAUUGCCUGGAAAACUAGUCCCACUGAAGAGGGAAGAGAGCCCAGAGCCAAGAAAGGACUGCCUUGGAACCGUGGUUACUCCCCGCUCUGAAGAAACCACCCCUGAAGCUGAAGCCAGGCUAACAUGCACCAAAGACCCGAUGUGCAGAGACAGCUCUGAAAAUACCAGAGUUGAGUCCCAACCCUCAGAACCGACAGCAUAG